GUGAACGUAGUAGUUCUUGCUGAGUAGUUCGGCCUGAGAAGUCUACAGUCUCUGGCGCUUCACAAUCUGUGAAAAUGUCUGACGGCGGGGGUGGUGAUGAUGGCGGCACAAUGGAAGUGUCUGCCGCCGUGCAGACAGUUGCAGAUGUAUCUGUUUUGCAGAAACAUUUUCGCAAACUUGUUCCCUUGCUCCUGGAAGAUGGCGGCGAGGUACCGGCCGCCUUGGAAACCGCCCUAGAGGAAAAAAGCUCUAUUGAGCAAAUGAAGAAAUUUCUCUCUGAUCCUCAACUCCAUACCGUUCUUGUAGAAAGGAGCACCCUAAAAGAGGAUGUGGGAGAUGAGGGUGAAGAGGAGAGGGAGUGCAUCACCUAUAACAUCAGCGUCGACAUUCAUUACGGCCUGAAGUCCAACAGUCUGGCCUUCAUUAAGAGAACUGGAGUGGUGGAUGCAGAUAAGCCCAUCUCUACGCAGGUGCGAGUUCUGACCCUGAGUGAGGACUCCCCCUAUGAAACCCUCCAUUCCUUCAUCAGCAAUGCAGUGUCUCCCUUCUUCAAGUCCUACAUCCGCGAGUCUGGCAAGGCAGACAGGGAUGGUGACAAGAUGGCGCCCUCGGUGGAGAAGAAGAUUGCUGAGCUGGAGAUGGGUCUCCUGCACCUCCAGCAGAACAUCGAGAUCCCGGAGAUCAGCCUCCUCAUCCACCCGGUCAUCACCAACAUCGCCAAGCAGUGCUACGAGCGUGGUGAGAAGCCCAAGGUCACCGACUUCGGCGACAAGGUUGAAGACCCCACCUUCCUCAACCAGCUGCAGUCUGGUGUCAACCGCUGGAUCAGGGAAAUCCAGAAGGUCACCAAACUGGACCGUGAUCCGGCCUCUGGCACAGCCCUGCAGGAGAUCAGCUUCUGGUUGAACCUGGAGCGCGCACUCAACCGCAUCCAGGAGAAGCGUGAGAGUCCUGAGGUUCUGCUCACUCUGGACAUCCUGAAGCACGGCAAACGCUUCCACGCCACCGUCAGCUUCGACACUGACACUGGUCUGAAGCAGGCUGUGGAGACGGUGAACGACUACAACCCCCUGAUGAAGGACUUCCCACUCAACGAUCUGCUCUCGGCCACCGAGCUUGACAAGAUCCGCCAGGCGUUGGUUGCCAUCUUCACCCACUUGCGCAAGAUCCGUAACACCAAGUACCCCAUCCAGCGUGCCCUGCGAUUGGUGGAGGCCAUCUCGCGUGACCUCAGCUCCCAGCUCCUCAAAGUCCUGGGCACCAGGAAGCUGAUGCAUGUGGCCUAUGAAGAGUUUGAGAAGGUCAUGGUGGCCUGUUUCGAGGUGUUCCAGACCUGGGAGGAUGAGUAUGAGAAGCUGCAGGUGCUGCUGAGGGACAUUGUGAAGCGCAAGCGUGAGGAGAACCUGAAGAUGGUGUGGCGCCUGAGCCCGGCUCACCGCAAGCUCCAGUCCCGUCUGGACCACAUGAGGCGCUUCCGCCGCCAGCACGAGCAGCUGAGGGCCGUCAUCGUGCGCGUGCUGAGACCACAGGUGUCCACAGUGCCCCAGCACGCUCAAGGUGAGGCGGUGGAUCCUCCCGACAUGAAGGUGGCCGAGGUUCUCUUCGAUGCCGCUGAUGCCAACGCCAUUGAGGAGGUGAACCUGGCCUACGAGAACGUGAAGGAGGUGGACGGCCUAGACGUGUCGAAGGAGGGCAUGGAGGCCUGGGAGGCGGCCAUGAAGCGCUACGACGAGCGCAUCGACCGCGUGGAGACGCGCAUCACCGCUCGCCUCCGCGACCAGCUGGGCACAGCCAAGAACGCCAACGAGAUGUUCCGGAUCUUCUCGCGCUUCAACGCGCUGUUUGUGCGCCCGCACAUCCGUGGUGCCAUCCGCGAGUACCAGACCCAGCUCAUCCAGCGCGUCAAAGACGACAUCGAGUCGCUCCACGACAAGUUCAAGGUGCAGUACCCGCAGAGCCAGUCGUGCAAGAUGAGCCACGUGCGCGACCUGCCGCCCGUCUCCGGCUCCAUCAUCUGGGCCAAGCAGAUCGACCGGCAGCUGACGGCCUACAUGAAGCGCGUGGAGGACGUGCUGGGGAAGGGCUGGGAGAACCACGUGGAGGGCCUCAAGCUGAAGCAGGACGGCGACAGCUUCCGCGCCAAGCUCAACACGCAGGAGAUCUUCGACGACUGGGCGCGCAAGGUGCAGCAGCGCAACCUGGGCGUGUCGGGCCGCAUCUUCACCAUCGAGAGCACCCGCGCGCGCGGACGCACGGGCAACAUCCUCAAGCUCAAAGUCAACUUCCUGCCCGAGAUCAUCACCCUGUCCAAGGAGGUGCGCAACCUGAAGUGGCUCAGCUUCCGCGUCCCACUGGCCAUCGUCAACAAGGCCCACCAAGCCAAUCAGCUCUACCCGUUUGCUAUCUCCCUCAUCGAGAGCGUCCGCACCUACGAGCGCACCUGUGAGAAGGUGGAGGAACGCUCCUCCAUCUCCCUGCUGGUUGCAGGGCUGAAGAAGGAAGUGCAGGCCUUGGUCACUGAGGGUAUCGCUCUCGUGUGGGAGUCCUACAAGCUGGACCCGUAUGUCCAGCGCCUGGCCGAAACAGUCUUCAAUUUCCAAGAGAAGGUGGAUGACCUGCUCCUGAUUGAGGAGAAGAUUGACCUUGAGGUCCGUUCUCUGGAGACCUGCAUGUAUGAGAUGAAGACCUUCAGUGAGAUCCUCAACCGUGUGCAGAAGGCUGUGGAUGACCUCAAUCUCCACUCCUACUCCAACCUGCCCAUCUGGGUCAACAAGCUGGACAUUGAGAUUGAGAGGAUCCUGGGAGUGCGUCUGCAGGCUGGACUCAGGGCCUGGACUCAGACUCUGAGGGGACAGAUGGAAGACAAAGCCGAUGUGGACAUGGACACCGAGGCUCCGCAACUCAGUCACAAGCCUGGAGGAGAACCAAAGAUCAAGAACAUUGUCCAUGAGCUGAGGAUCACCAACCAGGUGAUCUACCUGAAUCCUCCCAUUGAAGACUGCCGCUACAAGCUGUAUCAGGAGCUGUUUGCCUGGAAGAUGGUCAUCUUGGCCCUACCCAGGAUCCAGAGCCAGAGAUACCAGGUUGGUGUGCAUUAUGAGCUUUCUGAGGAGGAGAAAUUCUACCGCAAUGCCCUUACCAGAAUGCCAGACGGGCCAGCGGCGCUGGAGGAGGCUUACAACGCUGUCAAGGAGAACGUCCAGGAGGUGGAGCAGUACGUCAAGGUGUGGCUCCAGUACCAGUGCCUGUGGGACAUGCAGGCCGAGAAUAUCUACAACCGCCUGGGUGAAGACCUCAACAAGUGGCAGGCCCUGCUGGUGCAAAUCCGCAAGGCCAGGGGCACAUUUGACAACGCUGAGACCAGGAAGGAGUUUGGCCCUGUGGUCAUUGACUAUGGCAAGGUCCAGUCCAAGGUGAAUCUGAAGUAUGACUCCUGGCACAAAGAAGUCCUCAGCAGGUUUGGACAGAUGCUGGGCAACAACAUGCUGGACUUCCACUCCCAGAUCUCCAAGUCUCGGCAAGAGCUGGAGCAGCACUCUGUGGACACGGCCAGCACCUCUGACGCUGUGACCUUCAUCACUUACGUGCAGGCGCUCAAGCGCAAGAUCAAGGCAUUCGAGAAGCAAGUGGAUCUCUUCCGUAAUGGCCAGCGUCUGCUGGAGAAGCAGCGCUUCCAGUUCCCUCCCUCGUGGCUCUACAUCGACAACAUCGAGGGCGAGUGGGGUGCCUUCAGCGACAUCAUGAAGCGCAAGGACACGGCCAUCCAGCAGCAGGUGGCCAACCUGCAGAUGAAGAUCGUGCAGGAGGACCGUGCCGUGGAGAACCGCACCACCGACCUGCUGGCCGACUGGGAGAAGACCAAACCCGUGGCUGGCAGCCUGCGUCCGGAAGAGGCCCUGCAGUCCCUCACCAUCUAUGAGGGCAAGUUUGGCCGUCUGAAGGAUGACCGGGAGAAGUGUGCCAAGGCCAAGGAGGCUCUGGAGCUCACGGACACCGGCCUCCUGAGUGGCAGCGAGGAGAGGGUGCAGGUUGCCUUGGAGGAGCUUCAGGAUCUGAAGGGUGUGUGGUCAGAGCUGUCCAAGGUUUGGGAGCAGAUUGACCAGAUGAAGGAGCAGCCGUGGGUGUCUGUGCAGCCUCGCAAGCUCCGCCAGAGCCUGGACGCUCUCCUCAACCAGCUGAAGAACUUCCCGGCCCGCCUGCGCCAGUACGCCUCCUACGAGUUUGUGCAGCGGCUCCUCAAGGGCUACAUGAAGGUGAACAUGCUGGUGAUUGAGCUGAAGUCAGAGGCACUGAAGGACCGCCACUGGAAACAGCUGAUGAAGCGCCUGCAUGUGAACUGGGUGCUGUCGGAGCUGACCCUGGGUCAGAUCUGGGAUGUGGACCUGCAGAAGAAUGAGAUGGUGGUGAAGGACGUGCUGCUCGUGGCCCAGGGAGAGAUGGCCCUGGAGGAGUUCCUCAAACAGAUUCGUGAGGUCUGGAACUCCUACGAGCUGGACCUGGUCAACUAUCAGAACAAGUGCCGCCUGAUCCGAGGAUGGGACGACCUCUUCAACAAGGUCAAGGAGCACAUCAACAGCGUGUCCGCCAUGAAGCUCUCGCCCUACUACAAGGUGUUUGAGGAGGAUGCCCUGAGCUGGGAGGACAAGCUGAACCGCAUCAUGGCGCUGUUUGAUGUGUGGAUCGAUGUCCAGCGUCGCUGGGUCUACCUGGAGGGCAUCUUCACUGGUAGUGCUGACAUCAAGCACCUGCUGCCAGUGGAAACCCAGAGGUUCCAGAGCAUCAGCACAGAGUUCCUGGCCCUGAUGAAGAAGGUGACCAAGUCCCCGCUGGUGAUGGACGUGCUCAACAUCCAGGGUGUGCAGCGCUCGCUCGAGAGGCUGGCCGACCUGCUUGGAAAGAUCCAGAAGGCCCUGGGAGAGUACCUGGAGAGGGAGCGUUCGUCCUUCCCCAGAUUCUACUUCGUUGGUGAUGAAGAUCUGCUUGAGAUCAUUGGUAACAGCAAGAACGUGGCCAAACUGCAGAAGCAUUUCAAAAAGAUGUUUGCUGGCGUGUCCAGCAUCCUGCUGAACGAAGACAGCACAGAAGUGUUGGGCAUCUCCUCCAGGGAGGGUGAGGAGAUCAUAUAUAAGACACCAGUGUCGAUCACUGAGCACCCCAAGAUCAACGAGUGGCUCACCCUGGUGGAGAAGGAGAUGAGGGUCACUCUGGCUAAGCUGCUCGCAGAGUCAGUCACUGAAGUGGGCGCCUUCAACAAAGGCACCGGCGUCGACCUCAACACCUACCUUGAAUGGAUUGACCGCUAUCAGGCCCAGCUGGUGGUGCUCUCUGCCCAGAUUGACUGGUCUGAGAAUGUGGAGAAUGCCCUGACCACCAUCGCAGGCGGGGGCAACCUUGCGCCCCUGCAGGGGGUCCUGUCCAAUGUGGAGGCGACCCUCAACGUGCUGGCCGACACUGUGCUCAUGGAGCAGCCGCCUCUACGCAGGAGGAAGCUGGAACAGCUGAUCACAGAGCUGGUGCACCAGAGGGAUGUGACCAGGACCCUGAUGAAGAACAAGAUCGACAACCCCAAGUCCUUCGAGUGGCUGAGCCAGAUGCGCUUCUACUUCGACCCCAAGCAGACGGACGUGCUGCAGCAGCUCUCCAUCCAGAUGGCCAACGCCAAGUUCAACUACGGCUUUGAGUACCUGGGCGUGCAGGAGAAACUUGUGCAGACCCCCCUGACUGACCGCUGCUACCUGACCAUGACACAGGCGCUAGAGGCCAGGCUGGGAGGCUCCCCGUUCGGUCCUGCUGGAACUGGAAAAACUGAGUCUGUGAAGGCUCUGGGUCAUCAGCUCGGGCGUUUUGUCUUGGUAUUCAACUGUGACGAGACUUUUGACUUCCAGGCUAUGGGUCGUAUCUUUGUGGGUCUGUGUCAGGUGGGUGCGUGGGGCUGCUUCGACGAGUUCAACCGUCUGGAGGAGAGGAUGCUGUCGGCCGUGUCCCAGCAGGUGCAGUACAUCCAGGUGGCCCUGAGGGAGCACAGCAACCCCAACAGAGACCGCAGUGUUCCUGUAAUGACCGAGUUGUUAAAUAAACAAGUUAAAGUAAGUCCAGAUAUGGCCAUUUUCAUCACCAUGAACCCUGGCUACGCUGGGCGCUCCAACCUUCCUGAUAACCUGAAGAAGCUGUUCAGGAGUUUGGCUAUGACCAAGCCUGACCGCCAGCUCAUCGCUCAGGUCAUGUUGUAUUCUCAAGGCUUCCGUACGGCUGAGAUCCUGGCCAAGAAGAUUGUGCCAUUCUUUAAGCUGUGUGAUGAGCAGUUGUCGUCUCAGUCUCAUUAUGAUUUUGGCCUGCGAGCCCUGAAGAGUGUCCUGAUCAGCGCCGGCAAUGUGAAGCGUGAGCGCAUUCAGAGGAUCAAACGGGAGAAGGGCGAACGCGGAGAAGUUGUAGAUGAAAACGAUAUCGCAGAAAACCUUCCGGAACAAGAGAUUCUUAUCCAGAGUGUGUGUGAGACCAUGGUGCCCAAGCUGGUGGCCGAGGACAUCCCUCUGCUCUUCAGCCUGCUGUCGGACGUGUUCCCUGGCAUCCAGUACAUGCGUGGGGAGAUGACCGCUCUCCGUGAGGAGCUCAAAAAGGUCUGCUCCGAGAUGUACCUCACCUACGGAGAUGGAGACGACGUAGGAAGCACGUGGGUGGAGAAGGUCCUCCAGCUUUACCAGAUCACCCAGAUCAACCACGGGCUGAUGAUGGUGGGUCCGUCGGGCAGUGGCAAGACCAUGGCCUGGAGGGUCCUGCUCAAGGCCCUGGAGCGGCUCGAGGGCGUGGAGGGGGUGGCACACAUCAUCGACCCCAAAGCCAUCAGCAAAGACCACCUGUACGGAACCCUGGAUCCCAACACUCGCGAGUGGACCGACGGGUUGUUCACGCACGUGCUUAGGAAGAUCAUUGAUAACGUGCGUGGGGAGCUUCAGAAGAGGCAGUGGAUCAUCUUUGACGGUGACGUGGACCCAGAGUGGGUUGAGAACUUGAACUCUGUGCUGGACGACAACAAGCUUCUGACUCUGCCCAACGGAGAGCGUCUCAGCCUGCCUCCCAACGUGCGCAUCAUGUUUGAGGUGCAGGACCUGAAGUACGCCACCCUGGCCACCGUGUCCCGUUGCGGGAUGGUGUGGUUCAGCGAGGACGUGCUCAGCACGGACAUGAUCUUCUUCAACUUCCUGGAUCGCCUGCGCAGCAUCCCAUUGGACGAGGGAGAGGACGAGGCGCUGCGUAAGCGCGUGGGCAUGGAGGACGAGGGCGACGAGGCCGCCUCCCCCAUGCUGCAGAUCCAGAGAGACGCGGCGGCCGUGCUGCAGCCGUACUUCACCUCCACGGGGCUGGUGAUCAAGGCGCUGGAGCACGCCUCCAAGCUGGAGCACAUCAUGGACUUCACGCGCAUGCGCUGCACGGGCUCGCUCUUCUCCAUGCUGCACCAGGCCUGCCGCAACGUGGCGCAGUACAACAACAACCACCACGACUUCCCCAUGCCCAUCGACCAGCUCGAGAGAUACAUGCAGAGAUACCUGAUCUACGCCGUGCUCUGGUCCUUCUCUGGAGAUGGCAGACUGAAAAUCCGGGCGGAGCUUGGAGAGUACAUCCGCCGCAUCACCACUGUGCCCCUCCCAUCUGCUCCCAAUGUGCCAAUCAUCGACUACGAGGUUUCCAUCAGUGGCGAGUGGCAGUCCUGGCAGGGUAAGGUGCCCCAGAUUGAGGUGGAGACGCACAAAGUGGCCUCCCCAGAUGUGGUGGUGCCCACCCUGGACACUGUGCGCCACGAGGCCCUGCUCUACACCUGGCUGGCCGAGCACAAGCCCCUGGUUCUGUGUGGCCCUCCGGGUUCUGGUAAAACCAUGACCCUGUUCAGCGCCCUCCGAGCCCUGCCCGACAUGGAGGUUGUGGGUCUGAACUUCUCCAGCGCCACCACCCCGGAGCUGCUGCUGAAGACGUUUGACCACUACUGCGAGUACCGCCGCACGCCCAACGGGGUGGUGCUGGCGCCCGUGCAGCUGGGCAAGUGGCUCGUGCUCUUCUGUGACGAGAUCAACUUGCCGGACAUGGACAAGUACGGCACACAGAGGGUCAUCUCCUUCAUCAGACAGAUGGUGGAGCACGGCGGUUUCUACCGCACCUCGGACCAGACAUGGGUCAAGCUGGAGAGGAUCCAGUUUGUGGGCGCCUGCAACCCCCCAACCGACCCUGGCAGAAAGCCCCUCACUCACAGGUUCCUGAGGCACGUGCCUGUGGUGUACGUGGACUACCCUGGACCGGCCUCCCUCACCCAGAUCUACGGCACGUUCAACCGGGCCAUGCUCCGCCUCAUCCCCUCACUGCGCACCUACGCAGAGCCCCUCACCGCCGCCAUGGUGGAGUUCUACACCAUGUCACAGGAGCGUUUCACCCAGGACACCCAGCCCCACUACAUCUACUCCCCCAGAGAGAUGACCCGCUGGGUGAGGGGCAUCUUCGAGGCCCUGCGGCCCCUGGAGACCCUCCCUGUAGAGGGACUCAUCCGCAUCUGGGCCCACGAGGCCCUCCGCCUCUUCCAAGACAGGUUGGUGGAGGAUGAGGAGAGACGCUGGACAGAUGAGAACAUCGACAUUGUGGCUCUCAAGCACUUCCCCAACAUUGACCGUGACAAGGGACUCAACAGGCCCAUCCUCUACAGCAACUGGCUCUCUAAGGAUUAUGUGCCAGUGGAGCAGGAGGAGCUGAGGGACUACGUGAAGGCCCGUCUGAAGGUGUUCUACGAGGAGGAGCUGGACGUUCCCCUGGUGCUCUUCAAUGAGGUCCUGGAUCACGUCCUCAGAAUUGACCGAAUCUUCCGUCAGCCACAGGGACAUCUGCUGCUCAUUGGCGUCAGCGGUGCUGGAAAGACCACUCUGUCCCGCUUUGUGGCCUGGAUGAACGGCCUCAGUGUCUAUCAGAUCAAGGUUCACAGGAAGUACACAGGUGAGGACUUCGAUGAGGACCUGCGUACGGUUCUGCGUCGUUCCGGCUGUAAAAACGAGAAGAUCGCUUUCAUUAUGGACGAGUCCAACGUGCUGGACUCUGGCUUCCUGGAGCGCAUGAACACCCUGCUGGCCAACGGAGAGGUGCCAGGUCUGUUUGAGGGUGACGAGUACGCCACGCUGAUGACCCAGUGCAAAGAGGGAGCCCAGAAGGAGGGCCUGAUGCUGGACACCCACGAGGAGCUCUACAAGUGGUUCACCAGCCAGGUCAUCCGCAACCUGCACGUGGUCUUCACCAUGAACCCGUCCUCCGAGGGCCUCAAGGACCGCGCCGCCACCUCCCCUGCCCUCUUCAACAGGUGUGUGCUGAACUGGUUUGGUGACUGGUCCACUGAUGCCCUCUACCAGGUCGGCAAAGAAUUCACCAGCAAGAUGGACCUGGAGAAGCCCAACUACAAAGUGCCCGACUACAUGCCCAUCGUCUACGACAAGCUGCCCCAGCCCCCCACUCACAGGGAGGCCAUCGUCAACGGCUGUGUGUUUGUCCACCAGACCCUGCACCAGGCUAACAACCGCUUGGCGAAGCGUGGCGGCCGCACCAUGGCCAUCACCCCGCGCCACUACCUGGACUUCAUCAACCACUACGCCAACCUGUUCAACGAGAAGCGUAGCGAGCUGGAGGAGCAGCAGAUGCAUCUGAACGUCGGCCUGCGCAAGAUCAAGGAGACCGUCGACCAGGUGGAGGAGCUGCGUAGGGAUCUGAGGAUCAAGAGUCAGGAGCUGGAGGCCAAGAAUGCAGCUGCCAACGACAAGCUGAAGAAGAUGGUGAAGGACCAGCAGGAGGCCGAGAAGAAGAAGGUGAUGAGUCAGGAGAUCCAGGAAUCGAUUUACAAGCAACAGGAAGUCAUCAAAGACAAGCAGCUGAGUGUGAAAGAAGAUCUGGAUCAGGUGGAGCCUGCCGUCAUUGAGGCUCAGAAUGCCGUUAAGUCAAUUAAGAAGCAGCACCUGGUGGAGGUGCGGUCCAUGGCCAACCCGCCCGGGGCGGUCAAGCUGGCCCUGGAGUCCAUCUGCCUGCUUCUGGGCGAGAGCACCACCGACUGGAAGCAGAUCCGCUCCAUCAUUAUGCGAGAGAACUUCAUCCCCACCAUUGUUAACUUUUCUGCCGAUGAGAUCAGUGACUCCAUCCGUGAAAAGAUGAAGAAGAACUACAUGUCCAACCCAUCCUACAACUACGAGCAGGUCAACAGGGCCUCCCUGGCCUGUGGCCCUAUGGUCAAAUGGGCCAUCGCUCAGCUCAACUAUGCGGACAUGCUCAAACGGGUGGAGCCGCUGAGGAACGAGCUGCAGAAGCUGGAGGACGACGCCACCGACAACAAGUCCAAGGGCGAGGAGGUGGAGCGCAUGAUCCGGGACCUGGAGUCCAGCAUCUCCCGCUACAAAGAGGAAUACGCCAUCCUCAUCUCAGAGGCCCAGGCCAUCAAGGCCGACCUGGCCGCCGUAGAGGCCAAGGUGAACCGCAGCACAGCCUUGCUGAAGAGCUUGUCUGCUGAGAGGGACCGUUGGGAGAAGACCAGCGAGACCUUCAAGAACCAGAUGUCCACCAUCGCCGGAGACUGCCUCCUGUCGGCGGCCUUCAUCGCCUACGCCGGCUACUUCGACCAGCAGAUGAGGCAGAACCUCUUCACCACCUGGUCACACCACCUGCAGCAGGCCAACGUUCAGUUCCGCACAGACAUCGCCAGGACUGAGUAUCUGUCCAACGCUGACGAGCGGCUGCGCUGGCAGGCCAACUCUCUGCCAGCUGAUGACCUGUGCACUGAGAACGCCAUCAUGCUCAAGAGGUUCAACAGGUACCCACUGAUCAUCGACCCAUCAGGCCAGGCCACAGAGUUCAUCAUGAACGAGUACAAGGACCGCAAGAUCACCAGGACCAGUUUCCUGGACGACGCCUUCAGGAAGAACCUGGAGAGCGCCCUGAGAUUUGGAAACCCUCUGCUUGUGCAGGACGUGGAGAGCUACGACCCCAUCCUGAACCCGGUGCUGAACAGGGAGGUGCGCAGGACGGGCGGCCGUGUCCUCAUCACGCUGGGAGACCAGGACAUCGAUCUGUCCCCGUCCUUCGUCAUCUUCCUCUCCACCCGCGACCCCACGGUUGAGUUCCCGCCAGACCUGUGUUCUCGCGUGACCUUUGUGAACUUCACGGUGACGCGCAGCAGCUUGCAGAGCCAGUGCCUCAACGAGGUGCUGAAGGCAGAGAGGCCCGACGUGGACGAGAAACGCUCCGACCUCCUCAAACUGCAGGGUGAGUUCCAGUUGCGUCUGCGUCAGCUUGAGAAGUCCCUCCUGCAGGCCCUGAACGAGGUCAAGGGUCGUAUCCUUGACGACGACACAAUCAUCACCACCCUGGAGAACCUGAAGAAGGAGGCGGCGGAGGUGACCAGGAAGGUGGAGGAGACGGACAUAGUGAUGCAGGAGGUGGAGACGGUCUCUCAGCAGUACCUGUCUCUGUCCACGGCCUGCAGCAGCAUCUACUUCACCAUGGAGGCCCUCAACCAGAUUCACUUCCUGUACCAGUACUCUCUUCACCUGUUUCUGGACAUCUACCACACGGUCCUGUAUGAGAACGCCAACCUGAAGGGCAUCAGUGACCACAGCCAGCGUCUCUCUGUCAUCACCAAAGACCUGUUCCAGAUUGCAUUCAACCGUGUGGCGAGGGGGAUGCUGCAUCAGGACCAUAUCACCUUUGCCAUGCUGUUGGCCAGGAUCAACCUGAAGGGCAUGCCCAGUGAGCUGUCCUUUGACGUCGAGUUCCAGCACUUCCUGCGUGGGAAGGAGAUUGUGCUGACCGGCACGGCCAUCCCCAAGGUGAAAGGCUUGACCACGGACCAGAGCGAGGCCAUGGUCCGACUCAGCCGCAUGCCCGCCUUCAAAGACCUGGUGACCAAAGUGCAGGCUGAUGAGCAGUUCUUCAUGUGGCUGGAGAGCAACUCCCCUGAGCUGUCCGUGCCCUACAUCUGGGCUGAGGAGAAGACUUCCACUCCCAUUGGCCAGGCGGUGCACCAGCUGCUGCUGAUCCAGGCCUUCAGGCCCGACCGUAUGCUGGCUAUGUCCCACGUCUUCGUCUCGAAGGUCCUCGGUGACACUUUCAUGGCCAUCAUCGACCAGCCCCUCGACCUGGCCAACAUUGUGGACACUGAGGUCAAGCCUGGGACUCCUGUGCUGAUGUGCUCUGUGCCCGGAUACGACGCCAGCGGCCUGGUCCGAGACCUCGCUGCUGAGCAGAACAAACACAUCACCUCCAUCUCUAUCGGUUCUGCUGAGGGCUUCAACAAAGCUGACCGUGAUAUCAACACCGCUGUGAAGUCUGGCAGGUGGGUGAUGCUGGAGAACGUGCACCUGGCCCCCGGCUGGCUCAUGCAGCUGGAGAAGAAGCUUCACUCCAUGCAGCCGCAUGCCAGCUUCCGCCUCUUCCUCACCAUGGAGAUCAACCCCAAGGUCCCAGUGAACCUGCUGCGUGCCGGUCGCAUCUUUGUGUUCGAGCCGCCUCCAGGUGUCAAGGCCAACAUGCUGAGGACCUUCUCCAACAUCCCAGUGGCUCGCAUGUGCAAGGCUCCCAACGAACGUGCCCGUCUCUACUUCCUGCUGGCCUGGUUCCACGCGGUCAUCCAGGAGCGUCUGCGCUACGCACCACUCGGCUGGUCCAAGAAGUACGAGUUCGGAGAGUCGGACCUGCGCUCCGCUUGUGACACCAUCGACACCUGGCUGGACGACACUGCUAAGGGUCGUCAGAACAUCUCUCCAGAUAAGAUCCCGUGGGCAGCCCUGAAGACGCUGAUGGCUCAGUCCAUCUACGGCGGGCGCAUCGACAACGAGUUUGACCAGCGGCUGCUCAACACCUUCCUGGAUCGCCUCUUCACCACCGGCAGCUUUGACAGCGAGUUCAAGCUGGCCUUCAAGGUGGACGGACACAAGGACAUCAAGAUGCCCGACGGUAUUAGGCGUGAGGAGUUCAUGCACUGGGUGGAGCUGCUGCCGGACACCCAGACGCCGUCCUGGCUAGGCUUGCCUAGCAACGCCGAGAGGGUCCUGCUCACCACACAGGGCACUGACAUGAUGGGUAAGAUGCUGAAAAUGCAGAUGCUGGAGGACGAGGACGACCUGGCCUACGAGACGGAGAAGAAGCAGCGCACCAGCAGCUCCUCGGACACCCAGCCCGCCUGGAUGCGCAUCCUGCGCACCACCUCCAGCAACUGGCUGCAGCUCAUCCCCGACUCCGUCAACCCCCUCAAGCGCACCGUCGAGAACAUCAAGGAUCCGUUGUUCAGGUUCUUCGAGCGCGAGGUCAAGAUGGGAGGACGCAUGCUGCAGGAUGUGCGCCAGGACCUGACUGAUGUGGUGCAGGUGUGCGAGGGCAAGAAGAAGCAGACCAACGACCUCCGUACCCUCAUCAACGACCUGGUCAAAGGUAUUCUGCCACGCAGCUGGUGCCGCUACACAGUGCCAGCCUCCCUGACUGUGAUCCAGUGGGUGGCCGACUUCAGCGACCGCAUCAAGCAGCUCCAGCAGAUCUCGCAGGCAGCUGCCAGUGGGGGCGCCAAAGAGCUGAAGAACAUUCAUGUGUGUCUGGGCAGCUUGUUUGUGCCGGAAGCCUACAUCACGGCCACCCGUCAGUACGUGGCCCAGGCCAACAGCUGGUCUCUGGAGGAGCUGUGUCUGGAGGUGAAUGUAACGUCCCUCCAGGGGGCACAGCUGGACGCCUGCAGCUUUGGCAUCAAAGGUCUAAAACUGCAAGGUGCCACCUGUGGCAACAACAAGCUGUCCCUCUCCACGUCCAUCUCCACAGAGCUGCCCCUCACACAGCUGCGCUGGCUCAAGCAGUCCAAUGCUGAGAAGAGGAACAUGGUAACUCUGCCCGUGUACCUCAACUUCACUCGCGCCGACCUAAUCUUCACCGUCGACUUCGACAUCGCCACCAAGGAGGAUCCUCACAACUUCUACGAGCGUGGGGUUGCCAUUCUCUGCACAGAGUAGAGAGCACUUCUCACCAAGAAAAGUGGUUAAUCAUUCUUAGUAACUAGCAUGUCUGUAUUACAAGUAGUUUGCUAGCAUAAACAUGAUUAAAACAUACACUUGCAUUUGUUAAACAUGAUUCAAACGUACACUUGCAUUUAUUAAACACUGCUUUUAUUAGAGUAGUUAUCUAAAGUGUCAGCACAAUUAAAUUUCAGUUUUUGGAAUGAGAUAAGAAAGGUUGUGGAAAGUGAGACUAAAGGUUUGGGGACGAAGGCAGGAGGUUUGAAAGUUAAGGAAGAUUGGAGAAGGGAAAUGGGAAGUUUUUAAAGAAGGAUGUCUGUAUGUAUUUUAGAAAGGAACAAUGUCUGUAGGUCUGUUUACAUUAAAGGUGGUAUUCAUUAAA